AUGGGAGCAUCGAAGUCGUGCGUGCAAAGGUUGUUAAAUUCAAACCGCUGGAGUGACGAAUUGUUGAAAUGGGAACAAUUAUGCUGCCCGAAACAGUCCUCGAUUUGUGUUAGCUUAAUGCUCGUUUGUUUUCUGCUGCUGCAGAUAGUAGUUAUCCUGGUCAGUAUCUUUAUUCUACCGUCAACGUUAAACACUCAGUCGCAGCUGCUCAACAAUGGCCUAUUGUGGAUACUGAUAAUUGCUCCUGCCGGAAGUGUCGUCAGUUUGUCGCGCAUGAUCCUCCAGCGCCAACGGAUGUGGAAGAUUACGUCCGAGUUGCAACUGUUCGACCGUACACUGCUUCGUCUCGAUUUUCGAAUACGUUGCAAUGAGAUCAACUAUUGGGGUGUAGGCUGGGCAGCUAUAUUCGCUGUCGGGACGUCUCUGUUCAACGCAGCCGCCAUCGGUUUCGGUAGCCUAAUAUUUAAUCCUCUCAAUUUGGCCGUUUUGAUCGUUCUCAUCAACAUUAUCAAUCUGCCGCGUGCCAUGCUUACGGUUUGGUUCAUCAUUUGCGAGCUGUGCGUUUGGUACCGCAUCAAGUCGCUUUGCAAGUUACUGACCAAUGGUCGGCAAGCCGCAAACGUUGCCACACCAAAGGAUACCGCCAAGUAUCGCAUCCUGGUGGCGGGCACUACGGCACUUCACUACAACUUGUCGUGCGUUGUAGAGCAUAUUAAUGGAGUAUUUGGUGUGCAGGUGGUGUUUUCUAUGGUUGGGAAUACGGUUUUGAACAUUUUUUGUAUAUUCGCGUGCUACCGUGCCGCAGUCGUAAUGGGCGAAGUGGAGCGACUUUUCUCAAUGAUGCUCAUCUCCUGGACUUUCUACACGAGCAGCAUAAUGUUACCCGCAGUUUUGUACGGUGCUUGGUUGUGCAGAGAGGCCACACAGUUCGCCCGCGAGGUUCACGCAUUCUUGCGCCAAGUCGAUGAUGAGGGCCUGCAGAACCAGCUGUGUGCCUUAUCACAACAGUCACAACAUCGAUCGAUGGCCCUCACAGUGGGUGGCCAUACCCUCAACUGGCCCGUGUUUGCUACCAUGAUUGGCUUCAUUAUCACGUAUGUCGUGAUUUUGAUUCAGUUCGACAGCAAAGCGAUGGAAAUCGAAAGGACCACAGGACCGGAAGCGGCGGGAGUGAAUUACACGGAUCACACAUCUUACUAA